CCUGGAUACCUAAACGAAACGCUUACCAGGCCCGACGACGACGAUGCAUCUCCACUCAAUCUACCUCGCCGCCUCCCUCUUAUCCCUAGGGCUCUGCACGCCCACUGGCACCACACUCCAGCCCCAGUUCCAUGUCCGCGCCGCCGCCGCCUCAGGCCCGUGCCCGAUGACGCGGUACAACUCGGAGCCGUGCAGAGACAUGCUGGACUCGAGCGCGUGCUGGAACGGCAUCAUUGGGCCGAACGGUGGCGGCAACGCCGACCGGGCGGAACAGCUGUGGAACUGUGUGCCCGGUGGGAAAGAAUAUAUGUGUCAGUGCUAUGGCUGCGACUCGGGCCUUGAUGCGUAUUUUACACGACAUAAGCUCUGUGAGGCACCUACACCGUAGGUGGGUGGGUGGUUCAAAAAGGGGGCCUCGGGCCGUGAUCGUCGGGGGGAGAAAACGGAUGGGAAGUACAUGCGGGGAGGUUAAAAUAUAUCAUCAGGAACUAGUCUCCUCACGCAGUCAGCUCUGGGUGAGCUGUGUUAUCAACAUAUGCCGUGAACGGGGCAGAGAAUGGACUGCAAUCAUGGCUUGUGGAGGCCGGCGGAGACGCAUGGGGCUUGAGGCAUCAGACGACGGAACAAACUGGCUGAUA